UAACUAAACAAAGCUCUCCAAAUUAGUGCUGCGAAGUAAAGGAAAGCUCGCGCACCAUGUUCCUUCUCUAAAUCGACUUUAAUUAUUAAGGUUGGAUUGCGCCAAACAUGGACUGGAAGUGUUCGUCUUCUGCUGGUGCAUCCUCUCUUUGCAAGGCACCUUUGAAUGUCUCAACUACAAUUCCAGAGAAGGCUUUGGUUGAGCAGCAAAGGAGGGUUACAGAUCGCACUGCUAAGACCAAUGUAGAUAUAGAUCUUAGAGAAAUUUACUUCUUGAUAAUGCAAUUUCUGUCAGCUGGCCCUUGCCAGAGAACUUUUGAACAGUUAUCAAACGAACUUUUAGAACAUCAGCUUUUACCGAGAAGAUAUCAUGCUUGGUUUUCAAGAAGUGGUGCACGUAGUGGGAAUGAUGAUGAUGAUGGCAUCUCCUUCCCAUUAAGUUAUAACAGCUUAGUGGAGAGGUAUCCUCAUAUUGAGAAGGAUCACUUGGUAAAGCUUCUGAAGCAAUUACUGUGUGCACUGUGCAGCAAAGCUGUGGGAGAUACCUGUUCUCCAAAUGCUGCUGAUGUCCCUACAUUAUUGGGAUCUGGUUCCUUUUCACUUUUGAAUUCUGACAAGAGUAAUGAGAAUAGGCAGGGCAAGCGUAUGCCUGCCUAUCUUCGUUGGCCUCAUAUGCAAGCUGAUCAAGUUCGGGGCCUAAGUAUAAGAGAAAUUGGGGGAGGUUUCAGAAAGCACCACCGAGCUCCCUCUGUUCGCUCUGCAUGCUAUGUUAUUGCUAAACCAUCUACCAUGGUGCAAAAGAUGCAGAAUAUAAAGAAGUUGAGGGGACAUCGAAAUGCUGUCUAUUGUGCCAUAUUUGAUCGUUCUGGGAGAUAUGUUAUUACCGGUUCAGAUGACCGCCUUGUCAAAAUUUGGUCCAUGGAAACUGCAUUUUGCUUGGCCAGUUGCCGUGGACAUGAAGGUGACAUAACAGACCUGGCUGUUAGUUCAAACAAUGUUUUGGUGGCUUCUGCUUCGAAUGAUUUUGUGAUUCGAGUUUGGCGCUUGCCAGAUGGGUUGCCAGUGUCAGUUUUACGAGGGCAUACUGGUGCUGUUACUGCUAUUGCAUUUAAUCCCAGGCCUGCCUUUGCUUUCCAGCUUUUAUCGUCAUCUGAUGAUGGGACUUGUCGAAUCUGGGAUGCUAGAUAUUCACAUUGUAGCCCACACAUAUACGUGCCGAAGCCUUCUGAAGCUGCUAUCGGGAGGAGCAAUUUUCCAUCUAAUAAUGGACCUUCCUCAAGUAAUGUUCCACAAACCCAUCAAAUAUUAUGUUGUGCAUUCAACGUCAAUGGGACAGUUUUUGUCACUGGUAGCUCUGACACUUUUGCCAGGAUUUCUUUUGUAAGAGUUAGAUACUUGCAGGUCUGGAUUGCCUGUAAGCCUAGUACAGAUGAUUCAAAACAACCAGUUCAUGAGCUGGAUGUUUUGGCUGGCCAUGAAAAUGAUGUUAAUUACGUCCAAUUUAGUGGAUGUGCUGUACCUUCAAGAUCCUCAAUGUCUGAUGUUACGAAGGAGGACAAUAUUCCAAAAUUUAAAAAUUCCUGGUUCUGUCAGGACAACAUUGUUACCUGUUCUCGUGAUGGUAGUGCAAUCAUCUGGAUUCCCAGAUCACGUAGAUCCCAUGGAAAAGUUGGACGUUGGACAAAGGCAUAUCAUCUGAAAGUUCCACCUCCCCCACUACCUCCUCAACCUCCUAGAGGCGGCCCACGUCAGAGAUUUCUCCCUACUCCUCGUGGUGUCAAUAUGAUUGUCUGGAGCCUCGAUAAUCGUUUUGUUCUAGCAGCUAUAAUGGAUUGCAGAAUAUGUGUGUGGAAUGCUGUUGAUGGUAGCUUGGUACAUUCUUUGACUGGUCAUGUUGCAUCAUCUUAUGUUUUGGAUGUCCAUCCUUUCAACCCUCGAAUUGCGAUGAGUGCUGGAUAUGAUGGGAAAACAAUAGUUUGGGAUAUAUGGGAGGGCAUACCCAUCCGGAUAUAUGAAAUUGGUCGUUUUAAGUUGGUUGAUGGAAAGUUUUCUCCGGAUGGGACCUCAAUUGUACUUUCGGAUGAAGUUGGGCAGAUAUAUUUGCUUAACACUGGCCAGGGUGAGUCCCAAAAGGAUGCCAAGUAUGAUCAGUUCUUUCUUGGGGACUAUCGCCCCCUUAUUUGGGAUUCUGCUGGAAAUGCUCUUGAUCAGGAAACACAGUUUACUCCGCAUCGUAGGAACACGCAAGAUCUUAUUUGUGAUUCCAGCAUGAUUCCGUACCCAGAACCUUAUCAGAGUAUGUACCAGAAACGGCGACUUGGUGCGCUGGGUAUUGAGUGGCAUCCAUCUUCCACAAAGUUUGCUAUUGGCCCAGAUAUCAGUUUAGGCCAGGAUUUUGAAAUGCCACCCUUGGAAGAUUUGGAAAGAGUGAUUGAACCUCUACCUGAUUUUGUGGAUGCCAUGUAUUGGGAACAUGAAAAUGAAGUUAUCAGUGAUGACACUGAUUCAGAGUACAAUGUUGCCGAGGAAUGUUCAACAGAAGGUGAACAGGGGGCAUUAUUUUCCAGCUCAUCUAGAGGCACAGAGAACAGUGAAGAAGACAGUGAGGUUGAAUGUAAUCACAAAGAUGGCCUUCGCAGAUCACGAAGGAGAAAAUACAACCCUGAAGCUGAGUUGAAGACUUCAUCAGGAAGAAGAGUCAAAAAGAGAUAUUUGGAUGAGCGGGAUGGCUAUAUAUCUGGAACCCGUAGGACAAAAAAAUCAAAAAGUGGCAGAAAAGCUUCAAAGAGAAAGUCUUCCAAAGGAAAGCCAUUGAGACCUCAGAGAGUUGCUGCACGUAAUGCUCGAAGCAUGAUGUCUAGAAUCACCGGAACAUCUACGGAUGGAGAUGAUGAAGUUGACUCAGAAGGUGAUUCAUGUAAUAGUGAGUCAUUGUCUCAAGAUUCAAGUACUGAAAACAGUGAAAUUGAGAGAAACUUGGAGAACGUACAACUGAAGUCCAUGAAGAAGGAACAAGAAUCUGAGGAUCUAGUGUGGUUACAUAAACUCCCUGAAUCUCAAUCAAAUAUUGUGAACAGGAAGAGAUUGGUCUUAAAGUUCUCCUUACGUGAUUCUAGGAAGCCAGAUGCCCCAGCCAGCAGAUUGAACAGUGGCAAUCAGAUCAAUUUACUGGACCAUUCAUCUGGACCUCCAGGAAAUUUUGAUGGAAAUACCUGCUCCAAAGACCCUGGUGCACCCGCUGCAGAUAUGGAGCUCUCUGACCAUAACAGGAUUGAUCUAGAAGAUACAAGUCAAUCUAUAAAUACUGGGGAUCAUUUAGAGAAAUUAGUGGGGGACAUGGAGAACAAAAUCAGAUGGGGAGAGGUUAAAAUUCAGACAUCCAAGCAUUCAAGUUCAGGAGAUUUAAUGCCAACUGAUGUCCUCAAUGAAAACAGGAUUAGUGCUGUCAAUGGGGGAGAGGGACAGUUAGCGACUCCUGCAUUGCAAGAUCUGGAUAGAGUGUCGAUGGAAGAGUUUGCUCCUAAUGAGGUGCACAAAUCUUUAACAUCUGAGUUACUGUCCUUAGGUGACCAUCAACCAAAUGGUAGUGCUUCAGCAUUCUAUUGUAAUGUCAGCCUUAACAGGAGAGAUAAAGAUUGGUCUGCAUGUGACAAACAUGGAAAUCAUGAAUCGGUACAUACUGAUCAGGUUGGUGGCGUUAACCAAUCUCGUGGAUCAAAUGAGACUACUCCACACAAAUUAGUAAAAUUAAGAAUAAGGACAAAAGCAAUUUCAGGGGAUAUUCCUUCCAAACUAAAAUCCCUCACUGCAGUGAAUGAUCCAACCUGCAGUGGAGGCGAUGUGAGGUCCAGAAACACUUUGUCUGUAGAUCACAAUCUAGGUUACAGAAUGCAAGAAAUGGGUGAAGGUUCUGACAGAUCAAGUUCUCUUCAGUUUCACUCUGGUUUAAAGUUAAACAUGAAUGAUGGGGAAAACCCAUAUGAUGACACAACUGACUCCACAGGUUUAAAUGCCAUCAAUGAUCAUGAUUCAGAAAUUGGGUUCACCAAAGCAGCAUCUGAUGCAGUUGGUAGAACACGAUCCAUGAAGAUGAAGGCAACUUCUCAGGAGCAGAAUGCCUGGAACCAUAGCUUGAAGGUAGCAGGGACAUCAGCAAAUGAAGAGAACUCUGUGAAAGCAUACAAUGGCAUUGCAUCUGAUGAAUGGAUGUCAAGUUCCAAAGUUAGAGAGAGAUCAAGAUCCACCAGAACCAAGCGGGGUGGAAAUCAUGACUAUAACUUAAAAUUUUCAAGUGGAAGGAAGUUAAAUCCUUCUGUUAGAAAAUUAUCAUGGUUGAUGUUGUCAGAGCAGGAAGAGGGUUAUCGUUAUAUACCUCAGCUGGGUGAUGAAGUUGUAUAUUUCAGACAGGGGCAUGCAGAGUGCAUUGAAUCAGGUCGCUUAAAGGGGGCUGGUCCAUGGAGCUCAAGGGGACACCUGAGUGCGGUGGAAAUUUGCAGGGUUGAAAACCUUGCUUAUUCCCACUUUCCCGGUUCUGGAGACAGCUGCUGUAAAAUCACACUACGAUUUGUAGAUAAUUCAUCAUGUGCGUUUGGGGAUGCAUUCAUAUUGACCCUGCCUGAGUUGAUAGGUUUUCCUGAUUUUCUUAUUGAGAAGACAAGAUAUGAUGCUGCAAUGAGGAGAGAAUGGACCCGCAGGGAUAAAUGCCUAGUAUGGUGGAAGAAUGAUAAUGGGGGGGGAGGUAGUUGGUGGGAUGGUAGAAUAGUUGCUUCACAAGGCAAAUCUAUGGAUUUCCCUGACAGUCCUUGGGAAAGAUAUGAAGUUAUUUACAAGGAUGGCUGCAAGUAUAGGCACAGUGCUUGGGAACUGCAUGAUCCUAACUUUCCAUGGGAGCACCCACAUAUUGAUUCUGAAAUCAGGGAUAAGCUUCUCUCUUCUUUUGCUAAAUUAGAGCGUUCAGUGGGCAGCAAUCAGGACUCUUAUGGAUUUCAGAAACUGAAUGAAGCAGCCCAGAAAUCAGAAUUCCUUAACAGGUUUCCAGUUCCAUUGUAUCCCGAAUUGAUCCGGCUGAGGUUAGAGAACAACUAUUAUCGGACCAUGGAAGCAGUGAAGCAUGACAUAAACAUAAUGCUUUCAAAUGCGGAGAAUUAUUUCGGUACAAGUGCUUACCUAUCUUCAAAGAUGAGGCGCCUAUCAGACUGGUUUACAAAGACGUUGUCAAGGCUGUAGGAAGCUGUAUAGCUUUUUCUUUUUCUUUUUUUUUUUAAUUUUAAUUUACAUUUUCAAUUUUGUAAAACAAACCAUUUUUAGGCAUUAUUGAAAAAUGACAAAUGGAGGGAAUUGAAUUCCCGGGGAAAGGGAUGCAGAUAUACUAAAUAUUUAUUAAUGUAUAGAUGCAUUUCCUUUCUUAAGUUAUAAGAGAAAGAUGCACAGCUGAGUUGAAAAAUACAUUUGC